GCGGAAAAUUUUCGGCACAUUCCACACUCCACCGUGAGAUCCUCUCCCGUCGUGUGCCGAUGUGUUCACCCUGUUUCAAGUGCGCUAUGCGAGCCGGAGAAGAAAAGGCGGGAAUCGAACAUAGAGGCUGCUUUUCGGAGGAGCGAGGAAGGCGCCAAGCGAAAGAAAAAGAGCGGGAAUUUUGGAGAUAGCUGCACUGCAUCCGCUCGAAAGAGCGCCAAGCGAAAGAAAAAGAGCCGAAAGAAAAAGAGCGGGAAUUUUGGAGAUAGCUGCACUGCAUCCGCUCGAAAGAGCGCCAAGCGAAAGAAAAAGAGCCGAAAAACAGCAGCCGCUUCUCCGAGGAACGAGGAAGGCGCCAAGAGCAAAAGGAAGGAGGCGGGAAUUUCGGAGAUAGCUGCUUCUGCUCGGGGGCAAGGUCCCACUUGCACGGAUUACGAGAAUCUGGCCGUUGAUCUUUGCUAUCUACGGUCAAUAUCGCUUAAUUCGUGUAAGUGGGACCUAGCCCGGGCGCAGCGGGAAGGCGCCAAACUGAAACAUCUGGCACCAUCGUCAGGUUCUCAGUAUCUGUCUCACACGGAUCAGUAGUCCUAAAGAAGAGUGUGAGAGCCAAGUUCGCCUCAUCUGUCAUUCAACUCCGCUCCGCUCCGCUCGUCUCUCUUUCCCCCUUCUCAUCAGCUUUCUAAGGGGAUAGGUACACAGUACUACACAGAGUGAUUCCCUGUGCUGACUGAGCACGAUGGGAAAGCGGCAGCGGAAGAAGGACAAGAAUAUGAUGGAAGUGGAUGGUGACAAAAGUACUGCGGCGUCGUCGAAAGCACCGUCGUCGGCGGUGAUGGACACAUCUGAAGUUGUGGUUGAUGCACUUGGGCAAACUGCAAAAGUUGGGGGUGUUCAGAAAGGACAGGUGAAGAAGAUGAAAGGGAAGAAGAUGGGGCAGGUGAGAAAGAGAGUGACGGUGCGGAAGGAGAAGGCUAUGGAGAAGGCUCUGAGUAUCAUGGAGCGGACGGAGGCAAAGACACAGAAAUUCAAGGCGAAGGUCGAAAGAGUCAAAACUCUCAAGACCCUAUAUUGAUUGAUUUCGGGUAGAAGGUGGAAUGGACCAAUUAGAUUCAGUAAUUCAGUAGCCAACUUGCCAACCAUUGAGGGGGUGACGUGGAAGUCUGAAAACGUUUUCUCUGUCAGGAUGUCUCUGAAAAGGAUUUCUCACCGAGGGACAUGUCGGCGAAAUGAUGCCUUGGUGAGGGAUACUGACAGGAUUGGAAUGCAAUUCAUUCUUUUUUGAAAACAGUAAAAGAUCUCUCGGUCU